AACAUGAUUAACCUCACGGAAGAAGAUGCUGGCUUAGCUGUGCUAGAGAAAUUAACGUCCAACGUGAAGCAAAUACAAGAUGCGGUACUAAAAGAGAUACUAACAUGUGAUGCCGACACAGAGUACCUUAGGAGUUUUCUCCAUGGGAGUUCAGAUAAGGAGCUUUUUAAGAAGAACGUUCCUGUAGGGACCUAUGAAGAUGUUAAGCCAUACAUCGAGCGUGUUGUGAAGGGCGAGCCCUCAGAGAUCAUUUCGGGCAAGCCUAUUACUGGAUUCAUACUAACGUCUGGAACUUCAGGAGGAAAACAGAAGUUAAUACCUUUGAACAACAAGUACUUGGAGAACGCUAGAUUAUUGUUUGAUCUUCGUUACCUCGUAUUAUCGAGGCAUGUCGAUGGUCACAACAAAGGAAAAGGGUUGCAUCUCAUCUUCCUUAAACCAGCCUCCAAAACUCCAUCUGGUUUGCCAGCUUCACAUGCUACUACACAUUUCAUGAAAAGCGACUAUUAUGUCAAGAACCUACCAUCCUACUGGGAUACUUCGAGCACAAGUCCUAGUGAAAUCAAAUUUUGUCCUGACAUUAAACAGAGUCUAUAUUGUCAUCUUCUUUGUGGUCUUGUCCUGAGAGAUGAAGUUACAAGAGUGAGUGCCAACUUUGCUUCUAUAUUGGUUCAAGGAAUCAGUUUUCUUGAAAACUUUUGGAAAGAAAUGUGUAGUAACAUACGGUCAGGUCAGCUUAGUGAUUGGAUCACUGAUAGCUGCAAGGAGUCUGUUUCCACGAUACUUGGAGGACCCAAUCCUCAGCUGGCAGAUAUAAUAGAAGACAUAUGCAACCAAAAAUCAUGGAAAGGUAUAAUUCCACAGCUUUGGCCCAAAACCAAAUUUAUAGAAUGUAUUGUUACAGGACAGAUGGCUCAACAUGUUCCACUAUUAGAGUUUUAUGUAAAUGAUCUGCCUCUUGUUUCCCCAAAUUAUGCGUCUUCUGAAGCCAUGUUUGGGGUAAAUUUGAAUCCUCUAUGCAAACCACAAGAUGUCUCCUACACAUUUCUGCCAAAUAUGUCAUACUUCGAGUUUAUACCGGUUGGUGAAGGAAACAACACAAUUGUUGAUCUUGUGAACGUAAAGUUAGGCCAUUACUAUGAACUUGUGGUCACAAAUUUUGCGGGUUUACACCGAUAUAGAGUGGGUGAUGUUCUACAGGUGACUGGAUUUUACAAUAACGCACCAAGUUUUAAAUUUGUACGAAGACAAAAUGUGGUCUUAAGUGUUUAUUUGGAGGCAACAACUGAGGAAGACCUUUUAAAAGGAGUGACUCGUGCAACACAAGUACUUAAAUCUUCAGAUAUAAUGUUGAGAGAUUUCACAUGCUAUCCUCAUGUCUCCGAUGUUCCAGGUCACUAUGUCCUUUAUUGGGAACUCAAAGGAAACAACAAUGGAAUCAGUGAGCUUGAGACUAAUAUAUUGGUGGAGUGUUGCAACAUAGUAGAGGAAUCACUUGAUGCUCUUUACAAGAGAUAUCGAAACAAGGAAGGAUCUAUUGGAGCUUUAGAGAUAAGGGUGGUACAACAAGGAACAUUUGACGCUCUCAUGGAAUAUUUCAUUGCUCAAGGUGCUUCUCUAGCUCAAUACAAGACACCUAGAUGCAUAAAAUCUUCUGAGGCCUUACAAGUUCUUGAAAAUAGGGUUCUUGCUCGGUUUUUCAGCGAGAAAUUACCUCAAUGUUAGUCAGGCUCAGUUUCUAUAUUUUAUAAUAAUGUCUAUAUUAGAUUGUAUUAAAAACUCGAGGGAAAUAAUUUCUAUUUCUUAUUUGUAUUUGUAUUGGAUUUUUAAGGCAU